AUGCGAGUGCCGAAUCCGAGCAGAGACUCGGAUUCGCAGCUGUUGCUCGUGCACAAGGGCGACCUAAGCUCGACGGCGACCGUCCCAGGCGCCGUCUUGGCGGCGCGCAAACUCAACAUCCCGAUUGCUGAAGUGUACUUCAACUCGACGACCCGUGCGAUAGAGUUCACCGGCGGUUCGCCGCACCUGAGCGCCAGACUAUCCAGGAAGCAGACCCGGGCGCCGUGCGAAAAUGAUGUGCUCUUGCUGCUCCAUACCAGUGGAACAACGGGGAGACCUAAAGCCGUGCCGCUUACCCACAAAAACAUGAUUUCCACCACGCGCAACAUUCAAAAAACCUACAACCUGUCGUCGAAAGACAGAUCGUUCUUGGUUAUGCCUCUUUUCCACGUGCACGGCUUGCUUGCCGGGUUGCUUUCGCCCCUUGCUGCCAGCGGGUCAUGCGUUAUCCCGCCUCGCUUUGCCGCGCGGACAUUCUGGUCUGAGUUUGUGCUCAGCAAUGCGAAUUGGUAUACAGCGGUUGUGAGUGCCUUAGUGCUUCUUGUCAGAUGUCUCGUCUUGAUCGCUGAAGUAACAAUGUUCCAAAAGCCCACAAUCCACCAGAUCCUGCUGAGACUCCCUCCUCCUUCGCCCCUGCCCAAAAUCAGGUUUAUCCGCUCAUGUUCGUCGGCACUCAGUCCUACAACCCACGCCCAGCUCGAGCGUACAUUUCAAGCGCCUGUUCUCGAGGCCUAUGCUAUGACGGAAGCUACUCACCAAAUGACAUCAAAUCCACUUCCGCCGGCCAUUAGGAAGCCUGGAUCCGUUGGGAAACCCGUUGGAAUAGAAAUGAAAAUAUUGAAAUUCGACAAGGAAGAAGAAGUUGAAGAGGGUGAAGUGUGCAUCCGAGGGCCGAGUGUGACGGCAGGUUACCUCAACAAUGCGACGGCGAACAAGAGUUCAUUUACUGCGCCCGGGGGAUACUUUCGGACAGGAGAUCGAGGAAAAAUCGACGCCGAUGGGUAUUUGACCCUGACUGGUCGGAUUAAGGAGCUGAUCAAUCGAGGCGGGGAGAAGAUCUCGCCGGUCGAACUCGACGGGGCUCUGUUAUCGAUCGAAGGCGUUGUGGAAGCCGUGGCCUUCGGAGUCCCAGACCAAAAGUAUGGGGAAGUCCCGUGGGCAGCUGUCGUAUUAGGAAAACAAUCAUCUAAAAGAGUCCCGUCUGAACCGGAACUCCGCCACGCAUUAUCUCAAAAGCUCGGCAAGUUCAAAAUCCCAGAGAAGAUCUUGGUGGUGGAUCAGAUCCCCAAAACUGCAACUGGAAAAGUCCAGCGAAGGAAAGUCUCUGAAACAUUUGUCAAGAAGCAUUCUAACACAAAAUCUCGUCUGUAA